AUGAUUCCUUACCAGGAGUGGCAUAGCCAACUGCAAUCGUUGUAUGACUCCCAGAUUUUCCAUAACUGGGCCCUUUGCCAAGAUGUCCAUUUGAAUGAUGAAAAGGAUGGACUUCUUUUGCGUUUAAUACCUACUCGACAACUGCAGAAAAAUACUGAGCGUAUAGAAAAUAAAUUACUAAAUCAUAUAGAAUUAUAUCUUACAUAUUCAAAAGUAUAUAACGAGCCCUUACUACUUUUGCGAAUAUGGGAGGAGAAAAGCAUAGAUGGUAUUCCAAUGACCAAAUUGAUGCUCCCAACUGAUAUCGAAUCGCUGCUUGAUGUUCAAGGCAAAUUCCAACUAGGUUUGGAUACUAUCAUUAACCUGGAAGGUAGCGUUUGGUAUUCUUUCCAUCCAUGCGAUACAUCAUGUAUAGUAGGUGACCAGGCUGAGUUCAUGUCAACUUACUUAAGACGAUGGGUCAGUAUUUUCAUAUUUAGUUGGUUAGGUUAUGAAGAUUCAUAG